UAGGGGUGCGGCGUAGUAGCCUACUUGUAGCUGGCGAAACUUGUGUAAAGCAGCCAGUACUCCACAUUUUGUGGCUUUCGCGGAUUGCGCUUCAAAAGUCAAAUCUUUUAAAAUGGUUUUGGAGAUUUACUUAGAUCUGUUUUCGCAGCCUUGUCGCUCCGUUUACAUCUUUGCCAAGAAAAACAACAUCCAGUUUGACCACAAGAAGAUUGUAUUGUUUGACGGUGAGCAACACAGUGAAGAGUUUGGGAGAAUCAAUUUAUUAAGAAAGGUACCAGCAAUCAGAGAUGGGGACUUUUGCUUGGCUGAAAGUGUUGCAAUUCUAAUGUACUUGGCUGAGAAAUUUCACUCUCCAGACCACUGGUACCCAGCUGACCUGCAGAAGCGUGCACUUGUGAAUGAAUACCUAUCAUGGCAACACUCUGCCAUCCGAAUGCAUGCAGCCAAGAUUAUCUGGUUAAAGCUCCUGAUUCCGAAAGCAAUGGAAGUAGAAGUGCCCAAGGACAAGAUGGAUUCUGCAAUAGAGAAUCUUAAUGGAACACUGAAACAGUUUGAGGAGAAGUUUCUUCAAGACAGACCAUUCAUUGUUGGCGAUCAGAUCUCAUUGGCUGAUCUUGUUGCUGUAGUUGAGAUCAUACAGCCUUUAGGUGCUGGUCUGGAUGUGUUUGAGAACCGACCCAAGCUCAGGGCAUGGAAGGACAGAGUCAGAGAAGCAGUUGGGUCUGAGCUUUUCGAUGAAGCCCACCAGAACAUCCUAUCUUGCCAGGAGAUAGUGGAAACCAUGGAUCGGAACAAGUUUGAGGCAUAUAAACCCCAGAUUGUGAAAUAUUUCCUCUCGUAAACAAACUGGAAAUGCAUGUUGUCAAUUAUAAAACAGUGCAGAAAUAAUCAAUGUUUUUGUUUGUAUUUUACCUGAUAUACACACUAAUAGCACCAAUAGCACAAUGACACCCAAUAUGGAAUUGUUCCAAAAAAUUAUUUUUCACCCAUGGGAAGAAGCUGGGUGGAAUAAUUUACUCUUUCUGUUUCAUGGAAUGUAAUCAGAUAUUAUGUAGUUUCCUGUGGCACAGUCUGCACCUAUACCAGCCUUUUCGUUCUUUUGCGUAGAGGAAACUGAGGGUGGAACACAUUUCGUAUAAAACAUCUUAAAUAAUCAUAAAUAUUGGCAAUAAAUCUUUAAAUA